CGAUAUUACUUCCAAACUUUCUAUUUUCUUGAGAAACUUAAAUUCACAGAAAGUUACACAGAAUUGUAAUUGCUUUUACUAUCAUAGCAAUUUGGAUAAAAAAGAUUUUCAUGGAGUUUUAACCCGUUUUUUCACUCUAGUAUGGAAAUACAUGAGGCUGUCGCCGACUUUUCUGAGGAUCUGGUGCUAGAAUACUUAAGGCAAAGAUCGGAGGCCGUAGGUAUUCCGUGUGAGUACACUGCUGGAGACGGUGAAGAUGAUAGCAGAUACGACUAUAGCAGUGACGAAGAGACAGAAAGAAUUGGUGAUAAUGAUCAAGAACAAACUGUAAUCACAGCAUAUACCUUAAAGGAAGAUGAACACGAAAUGUUCAGCGUUCGUGUGAAAGAUCGCGCAAAGUCGAUUGAUAGCGGAGUCUGUGUUGAAACGAGGAAAGAAAACGGAUGUGGUAAGAAAGCCGUAGAAAACGAGGGACAAGAUACUGAGAAAUAUGGCAGUGGAAAUAAUGUUCAUUUAGUGCAUAAAAACGACGUUAUAAGUUGUUACAAUGCUGUUGCUGGCUGUAGCAACGGUGCAUCGCAUUCCCUUGACCACGAGGAGAGUAAUGUUAACAUGUCCCUCGUCCUGGCGUUCAAGAAAGGAGACAUGUUCGCGGUGGUUGUGCAGGACAAUGCCAUCUGGUGGGGCGUGAUGGCACUACGCACUGCCGCCGUGGGCUACGUACCUACCUCUUACCUUAAGUUCGUUGAGGAGCGGCACCUGUGGUUGACGAUAUCUGGCCAGAAGAGUUCCCGCGAAGUGCAUAUGAGAGCCCUGAGUGACCUACAGGCAGCAACCUCGCGCCUUCCUCAUCCAGAAGUGGUGUACGGAGCCAUGAUCCCUGAGCCAGACUAUAGUGACGACGAGAGAGAAACCACUAAACCCUCCAUCACCUCAAUAGUCACCAGGAACAAUCAAGUCAACUGUAUCAACAGCAACAACAAAGAACAAGACAAACUACAGUCUAGCCAGGGACGAAUAGAUGAACGAGGCCUCAUUAUGCCCAAGAAGCUAGUCAACCCAUACCUUGAGUCAUCUGACAAAAAGAAUCUCCACAGAGAACUGAUGUUCAACCAAAAGAGAGGUGUAAAUAUACUGAACCAAAAAACUGAGCUACAGAAGGCAAUGGAGAAACAUAAUGACAAAAAGAUUUUUAAGGAACAAGAGAAAGAAAAACAGGCAUCCAUGACUCCUUUCCAGAAAGCUCUUGAUGAACGAGCUCAAAAGAUUGAACAGAUGGAGAAAGCUGAAAACAAGAGUACGGAGGAUGAGAAGACCCCGUCUUGUGAAUUUGAAAAAAUCCAUGCCAAAGUUAGAGCUAAAAUGGAGGUUCAGUGAAGAUAGGCCAAUUACUCUUAAGUGUUAUACAGUAUCACAAAAAGUUACUACUGUGAAAAUUAUUAAUAAUUUAUAAUAACUUGUAGAUAAGAUGCUGGUAAUUCCACAGAUAACUACAGUAAUGUGAAUACAAGUCGUUUAUCAAGAUUUACCUGAAUCGUCAAAAUGAAAAUGUAUGUAUGUGAUGUUACAGAUACUAACCAGAGUGCUUUCACACUAGGAACUUGCUGCAUACAUGACAAAUAUUCACCUCAUGUACAGAUCUCACCAUAAUUCAUAAUUUCUUUUUCAUUGGAAGGGGUUGUAAUCAGUGUCUUAUUUUCUGUGUAGACUAAUCUUAAUGAAAGUACAUUCUUUAAAAAAAAUUAUGGCAUAAUUUUGUAAAGACUUUUAAGAACUCUGCAUGAAUGGAUAAAUUUCCAUGUACAGUGUAUAUAGCUUGUGACUGGCAGCAGUACACCAUGAGAUAAUACAGUUAAAUGCUCUUAGCACAAUUCAGGAUUCUUAUCUUGCUUUUUUUUUAUUUCGUAUAUUUAGGAGCAAUAUUUUUUUUAACAGGCAAAGAUACGUCAGUACAAUUAUGUCCGAAGACAAUAAUUUGUGCAAUGAACAUUCAUGCAGAAGUUUGUAAGGUUGAACAUAUUAGUUAUAAAGAUAUAUUUAAAAAAAUAGCUGUAGCUCAUAUUUUGCUUUUGUAUAGAAAGUGCUAUUGAUGCUGGUGAGAGGUUUUUGAUCUAAGGAAUUGAACCUGACCUCCCUUUCUUGGAUUGAGCCUGAUCUUAUUUUCCCCCCAUGUGCUGUAAGACCCCUGUGGGUUUAGCACUCCCCCUCUUCCCAUGAAUGUAAUAAUAAUAGAGAUAGUGUUAUUGAUAUCUCUAGCUUUAUAUUUAGUUUUUACCAAUUAUAUAGCUUUGCAACUGAAGGAACUUUGAAAAUACUUCUUGCAUUUCAGUUAAUAUGCUGUUACUGUAUUUCUAAGAUAAUGUACAAGUGUAGAAAUAAAUAAUUAUCCUAUACUAA